AUCGGGUCUAAUCGAUAAACCCGCUAGAAGCUUGUUUAUUGAAAUUUUUCGAACAAAGGUUAGGAUUUACCUUGUCUCUAUUCAUUAAUAGAGUUAAUAGCAAAAACGAACUUUUCUGACUUGAAAAUGAUUUACAUUGCCGAAAGAAUGGAAAACCGAGCCGGGCGAACUUCAAUAUGAUCCAAAUAACUUUACAGGAAAAAGUCAAAUUGCAAUACUUGCAAUAAUUGCAAUAUUUUCUCACUCGGGUAAACAUGGAAUCACGUAAAAGUAAUGAUGUAACUUUGAAUACAUACGCAGUAUUAAAAUCAUGUGCUUCAACAAGUAACGAAGUUGAAAGAUUACGCAACCUUCAGGAGGAAAAGCAUUCCAAAUUAACAAUUGGAACAUUUUUCGAAUUUAUGAGAACUUCAUAUCAAGUUAGUGACAGUUUUGAAGGUGUGGCUACCAUACUGAGUGCAAAUAGUGAAAUUGACUGGCAUGAAUUAACAAGGAUCAAUUUAGAUCAAGAUGAUGGUAGAACAUACCAUGACACCAGUUGUGACAUUAAAACACAAGAACAACAACACAAAAACAAUUCUCUUGCACAGGAUCUAUCACUACAAAUAACAAAUAAUAAAUUAGCAAGUCCAUGUACAUCUGAGAGUGUAGUGAGCUCACAGUUUUCUGCAAUAUCUAACAGUACUAGCAUUUAUGAGACAUCUGAUAAAGAUGAUUCUAUACAAAAACCUAAUGACACAGAAAAUUCUAAUGAAUGUUUAAAAAUUGAGGGUAAUGUUAGAGAAGAGAAACAAUUGUUGGAAAAUCAAGUUGACAAUGAAGAAGAAAAGAGUAUGCAGCCUAAAGAGCAUGCAGAAGAAAGCAGAUAUGGCUUAGCAAAAAUCAUGAAGGAAAAUCUGAGGGAUAUUUUACACGAGGGAUUAUUGGAUUCUGUGUUGCCGUACAUGCUCCCGAAAUCUUCGCUGUCACAGCCUGUUAUUAAAAAAUCUACUACUGUAGAUGCUAAAAAAUGUGCUUCAGUGGGUAACAUAGUCGAAAAUAAGACAGUAACUCUAACUCACAAAGAGAAAGACAAGGAGAAAAAUAAGACAAAUAAAAAACCAUUGGAGAACGAAGUAGAGAUCCACGUAUGUGACGAAGACAAAAAUAUCAGAAAGAACUUCCGAUGUCCACAGAAGCUUCUUGUACAAAAGAUGUGUUAUUUUGCUGACGUAACGGCCGGACAAAAACUCGACGAAAUAGACAUAUCGGUACAUUGUGACGUUGUUAUCUUCGACUGGCUGAUGAGAUGGGUAAAAAAGGAUAUCAUAAAGAAAUCCGAAUGGCCGGUUCUCGAGGCUAAUAAUGUAAUUCCAGUUAUGGUAUCUGCUUGUUUCCUGCAAAUGGAACCACUUCUGGAAAAUUGUCUUGAAUAUUGUCACGACAAUAUGUCAGACAUUUUGAAAACGUCAACGAUCUUAACAUGUCUGGACGAUAAUCUUCUUACGAGAUUGGCCGAAUUAUUUACUAACGAGGACGUCGAAAUGCUAAAGGACAAGAAAGACAAAAUUCAAAGUCGUCUGUUUUGUAAAUUAAUCAUAUCACUAGUAGAAGUUAUCCCGGAUAAUAAGAAGGGUCAUUAUAGCUCGUUGGCUACGUUAUUCAAAUGCGGCAAGUGCAGCAAAAACGUCGUGCAAUCGAUUUCCGAUUUUGUACCUUGCAUUCCAAGCGCGAUGAAGAUCGAUAACAAAGGCGCCAUUCACAGCAAGCAUGUGAGGGACUUGACAUGGACGCUGAACGACUACAUCGUCAGCCUGCGAUCGGAAUUGCGCUCUUGGCGCAAGGUUUACUGGAGAUUAUGGGGUGACUGCCAUUUCUUGUUCUGCCAACAGUGCAAUGUGUACUUUCCAAUAUACCAAAUCGAUUGGUGCUGUUAUCACCCAGAACCUGCGCAGUUUUUCGUAAAUGAACAGCAAAGACCAACACCUUUUCCAUUAGGAAGAUAUCCGUGUUGCAGUCAGCGUGCUUAUAGAUUUGAAGCCCUGCCAAAUCAAGGAGGAUGCAGGUACAAAGAACACGUACCAGACAUAAGGAGUGAAAAGGAAUUAAAUGUGUUAAAUAUCUUAACAGCACAUAGAGAAGUAAUAGCUAUUGAGCCCCCUCAGCUCUUCUUUCCAGAAAAAAUCACACGACUAGUGACACGCGAUCCGUCUCUCCGUCCGGGCAAAUUGGUCUGCAAGGAUGUGAUGUGGUGGAAUGGUAUUGAACUCAUGCCGCCAAGGCCAAAACUUGGUCUACUUGGAAGGAUUUGGGGUGGCUCGGGAUUCCGUCGAUUACUUCAACCACAAGACUCGCAGAGAUCCCUGCAAAAAUUUCGUCGUCAGAUCUCGGUGACCACCGAGCUCUCUUCCCCUGCUUCUUCGACAGACAGCGAGGACGACGACGGGGGCACCGCGUGCGAGGACAGUAGCAUGGACGAGGAAUCUUAUUACAGUGAGGAAUCAAACACUUUAUCCACAUUACAACCAACGAAAAAGGCGAAACAUCUAAACAGUCGCAAGAGCAACGGCAGAUGUUGGAGCGGUAAUUUGAACGUGAGGCAUAAUCAGGACAAUCAGAGAGAUUUUGAAGAGAGAGCCGCGGCGCAGAUGAUAGCGCUGCUCACGAAGAGAACGCUCACAGAAAGUUCACUUAUACGAUCAUGCAGCAAGCAGCAUCACAAAACUAAGCAACCGAUCGGUGGAACAUAUGUAAAACUAGAAGCUGAAUUUCGCGAACAGUUAGCACUAUCUUCAAAAUAUAAGAAUCCUUUAACCGGCAAAACGCGUUUGAAAUCGAGUAAAUCAUAAUCUGUAAUUUUUAAAUAUAAAUUCUUAUAUACAUACGUCUUAUUAUAAGUACGUAUAAGGAAUGUUACAUCUGAAAUUAUUUUAAAAUUGUGUCUUUUUCCCUGAAAAAAAUAUGAUAUUACUGCGCAUAACUAAAUUUACGUCGGAUAAAAAACGGAUUUAUUACAAAUACAUUAAAUAAACAGCUUAUUAUAUAAAAUUGGAUUUGUUAAAAAAUAGAUAAUAGUGUUUUUAAGGCAGUGUAUAAUGAGCUAGCUUUAAAAAACGCCCUUAAUCUGUUAUAUGUAUAUAUAUUGUAAAGAUCUAUCUAUAUCUGUUAUAUAUACAUAUAUAUAUAUAUAUAUAUAUAUAUAUAUAUAUAUAUAUAUAUAUAAAUUGUAAAGAUUUUUGUAUCUUCUAUGAAUUUGAUGAAUUACUCAGCAAGUCACUCCUAUCCAACAAUUGAUCCAGCUCCGUUUCUGUGAAAACUACAAAAAUAAUUAAUUUUUUAGUCACAGAAAUUUCUUACUUGUGAUGUGUGUAUUCAUAUAUAAGUAUACAUUAUAUAUGUAUAUAUACGUGUGUGUGUGUGUGUGUGUGUGGUUCAGUUUUAAAAAACUUCUAAACUAGUACACAUAAGUUAGAGCGAAAAAAAGUACACUUGGUUCACUCUAACUUAUUGUACCAGUUCUUCGAAAAUGGAAAGAUCUUUUGUCCGAGUUAUGGAGUCUUACCUUCUUUCUCAGAUUUAACAAUUUUAUACUCUUUAGAUUCCAAUAAUUUUUUCAAUUCUAAUAGCGUGUUUGCGUUUAAGUGUUUUCCAUUCCACUUUUCUGAAAUGACAACUUUUUCCAAAAGACGUUUACUUUCAGCACGCUUCAUAAUUGCUUCAUCGAUUGUUCCUUUAGUGCAUAGUUUGUAGAUAACUACGGGUCGCGAUUGUCCUAUCCUGUGACAUCGUGCCAUAGCUUGAAUAUCCACUUGUGGAUUCUGUAAUCGUUGAAAAGAAUUUUAUUUAAAAAAUACAAUGAAACAUCAGUAUCAAGGAA